GCCUUAUGCAAAAAAACAUAGCCUCAUACUUCAAAUCAAGCAAGAAAGGAGAAGAUUCUAAUGAUUAGAUUAAGGAAUAACAAUUUAUAGAGGAAAACCUCAAGAAGGAGAAACUUAUAGCAGAAUUAAAAGUGCCUUCUUCAAAAUCAAAGCAACUCAAUCCAGAGGUGAAAGGUGCAGUUCUAUUCAUGGAUAUGGCAGAAUUAUAUGAACAAGUAGAGUCUACUUUCAAUAUAAAAGGUUGGAGAAAUAAAAGGGUAGAAUUCUAAGGAUGCUAUCAAAGAAUUAGUGGCCAAAUUGUUUAUUAGAAUCAUGAAGGAAAAUAGAGAGGAAUUUGUACCUGCAUAUUUGUUUAGCAUUUUGAAAUUGGGACCUGAUUAUGAAUCAUGGGAAUUGGGGAUUGGACAAGGAAUCAUUGUAAAAUCCAUAAGUGCUGUGUCUGGGAAGAGUGUAUAUAAAAUAUAACUAUGAAAAGGAAAAAUAAGUAAGAGAAUUAAUGAACACAUUGGGAGAUUUAGGUUUGGCGAUUGAAAAAUCCAAAUCAACUUAAACAUCAUUAAAUAAGUUUUUUGUAUCUCAGACAGUCAAGGAGGAAGUUAAAUUAACAAUGAUUUAAGUGUUUAACACUUUGUAGUAAUUGCAAAAAUAAGAAGGCACAGGGAGUUCAUUGGAGAAAGAGAGAAUUCUGACCAAUCUAUUAAGAAUGGCUAAACCAAUUGAAGCUAAAUACAUAAUAAGAUUCAUCGAGAAGAAUCUCAAGAUUGGAGCAGCUGAAAAGACUAUGUAAGCUGCUUUAGCUCGAGCAUUCUAAUUGUAUCACAAGGGGAAUGUGGAAGGGGAUUAUGAAAGCAUAAUAAAUCAAGCAUUAUGUGAAUGCCCAAAUUACAAAAAGAUAAUUGAUACUCUAUUCAGUAUUCAGAGUUUAAAGGAGGUUCCUGAAAUAUGUCAUAUUAUACCAGGAGUGCCCUGUAAACCCAUGUUGGCUAAACCUAUGAAAUCAAUUCAGAUGAUAUUUUAGAGAUUCGAAAAUAUGAAAUUUACCUGUGAAUAUAAAUAUGACGGUUUAAGAGGUCAGAUUCAUUUUGAAAAUGGCCAAGUUAGUAUCUUUUCGAGGAAUUUAGAAAACAUGACCCAAACAUACCCAGAUAUUGUCACCUAUAUUCACACUCAUUAUUAACAUUUGGAUGGAUUUAUUAUUGAUUCUGAAAUUGUUGCUUACGAUGUUGCAAAUAAUCGAAUUUUACCAUUUCAAACUCUAACAAGUAGAGCAAAAAAGAAUGUUGAUUAAAAUCAAAUUGAAGUUCAAGUUUGUUUAUACAUAUUUGAUUUGCUAUAUUUGAACAGGCAAAGUUUUUUGAAAGAGACUUUGGAAAAAAGAAGAUCGACUUUAAGAGACACGUUUAAGGAGGAGGAAGGAAAGUUGAAGUUUGCAACAUCUAGAGACUCUGAAAAUUUUGAAGAAAUUGAAGAAUUUCUUUUAAAUUCCAUCAAAAUGGGAUGUGAAGGUUUGAUGAUAAAGACUUUGGAGGUAAAUUCUCAAUAUGAACCAGCUAAGAGAUCAUUUAAUUGGUUGAAAUUAAAAAAGGAUUAUCUAGAUAAUGGACUGUCUGACACAUUUGAUUUAGUACCUAUUGGGGCUUGUUAUGGAACAGGCAAAAGAAAGGGAUUUUAUGGAAGCUAUUUAUUGGCCUGUUAUAAUGAAGAUAUGGAUUAAUAUGAAACCACUUGCAAAAUUGGCACAGGGUUUAGUGAUGAAAAUUUGGAGAAGUUUUUUUAAUUCUUUCAAGAAUACUUAAUUCCUCAUCCAUUAUCAGAAUAUAAAUGUGAUGGAGUGAAUAUGGAUGUUUGGUUUAGUCCUGUUGUUGUUUGGGAGAUCAAGAGUGCCGACAUUCAAAUAUCACCUAUCUAUAGUGCUUGUUCAACCAUCUUAUAAUUAAAUAAUAAAGGAGUAGGAUUGAGAUUUCCUAGAUUGAUUAAAGUGAGAGAGGACAAGAAGCCUAAUGAAGCCACUAGUUCAUAAUUUUUAUAUGAUGUAUAUAAAUAAUAAGCCGUUGUUGCCAGUAAUAAUACGUUUGAGUAGGAUGAUGAUUUUUAUUGA